AUGGCUUCCACUGGCCUUGAACUCCUGGGUAUGACCCUGGCUGUGCUGGGCUGGCUGGGGACCCUGGUGUCCUGCGCCCUGCCGCUGUGGAAGGUGACCGCCUUCAUCGGCAACAGCAUCGUGGUGGCCCAGGUGGUGUGGGAGGGGCUGUGGAUGUCCUGCGUGGUGCAGAGCACCGGCCAGAUGCAGUGCAAGGUGUACGACUCGCUGCUGGCGCUGCCGCAGGACCUGCAGGCCGCCCGGGCCCUCUGCGUCAUCGCCCUCCUGCUGGCCCUGCUCGGAGUGCUGGUGGCCAUCACGGGCGCCCAGUGCACCACCUGCGUGGAGGAUGAAGGCGCCAAGGCCCGCAUCGUGCUCACCGCGGGAGUCCUCCUCCUCCUUGCGGGCAUCCUGGUGCUCAUCCCAGUGUGCUGGACGGCCCACGCCAUCAUCCAGGACUUCUACAACCCCCUGGUGGCCGAGGCCCUCAAGCGGGAGCUGGGAGCCUCCCUCUACCUGGGCUGGGCCGCGUCUGCCCUGCUUCUGCUGGGAGGGGGGCUACUGUGUUGCACGUGCCCCCCGCCUCAGAUCGAGCGGCCCCGGGGACCGAGGCUGGGCUACUCUAUCCCCUCCCGCUCGGGGGCAUCUGGGCUGGACAAGAGGGACUACGUGUGA